CUGCAAUCUUUUUAGUUCAAUUCAAUGCUCGAACCCGCGCUAAACAGUCAGCACAAAAAAGCUACGAUGAAAGCUUGUGUUUAUUCGCUGACCUUGAACUGGGAAGUGCAACAACAAUAAAAACAACAGGCAAAUCAAUGCAACUGCCUGCAGUGAAAACCAACAAAAUUCAAUGUCAGUGCCAAGAGUAAAAGAGCUUUUUAAAUUUUGCCGCUUUUGCCGCAAUUGCAUACUUUCAGGCGGCACAUUACGUAUACGGCCGUGUGACAUACAAAAGAAAAUGCAAACAAAAAAAGUAGAAAAAAAAAUAAUUUAUAAAUAAAAUAAAUUUUAAAUAUACUUAAGAGUAAUAAUGAUCAGAGAAUUUUGCGUGUUUGCGAGCAUUUCGAAAUCAGUUUUUGAGACAAUUUUAGCCUGCUCUACAGAGCAAACUGUUGCUAAUACCUGCAGAUGUUGUUUGGGGGGGCCAGUUUAUUGGGUGACAGUGAAGGCGCCGCAUGCCAAAAUUUGAUCAUGACCGCGUAAAAAGAAAAUGAAAUUCAACUGGCUAAAUAUAAGCAUAUAAACAAACAAACAAUAAAACGCGAACAGCUAUCAAAAUACGUUUGUAUCAAUUAAAUUGAAAAUAUUGUGUAACAAACGCGUUCGUUCAAAAUGAAUAAAACCAUACUGCAUUGGAGCUAUUUGAACUUUAAGGAUGUGCCCAUGGACUUAUUUCUCUACGAGGACCUUGAGGAGGUUUAUCUCAAAGAGAACUACAUUUCCGUCAUACCCAAAUGGCUGCUCAAUAUUACUACGCUAAAGUUCAUCCAUUUGGCGGGUAACAAUCUAAGUGAACUGCCCGUCGACAUUUAUAUGCUGGAGAAUCUGGAGUUCCUCGAUGUUUCCAACAAUGUUCUCAAGGAACUGCCCAACACAUUGGGACUAUUACUGCAACUACAACAACUGAAUGUCAGUGGCAAUCAGUUAACUGAACUGCCUAAAGAGCUGAGCAGCUUGCGCAAUUUAGAGCAUUUGAACAUUGCCAACAAUCAGUUCCGCCGGCUGCCCCUGCAGCUAAGCGAAUGCGUGCGUCUCAACGAGCUCAACGUGAGCGACAACGAGGCGCUAUUGCAUCUGCCUGAGCGCAUUGCCAAUCUGCCCAUGCUGCAGUCACUUGCCGCCGAUCGCUGUGCUCUUAUUUAUCUACCGGCGGCGCUCUCAAAGUUCAUGAAUCAUGUGCGCAUCUUUCACAAUACCUCCGUCAAUUAUAUACCCAUGAUCUACGAGCGUUUCUAUCAGAAUUUCUACGACAACAGGCAGAAAUUAACACCGCUUUCCAUCCCGAAGAAAGGGCUCUUCUGGGUGCGUGAGCUAGAAAACCGUUCUCGCUUGCUUCUGCCGGUGGGUACACGCAAAAUCUUUCCCGUCCCCUCGCCAGAGAACCAAGUCACUCUCUACGAUGAUUGUUUGCAUGCGGUGGAGAAGCUGAAUCGCCAAACUCCCGUCUAUGAGAAUGAUGCGCUCCAUCGUCUGCUGCCCGAGCCGUACAUGAGUGCGCACAUCAACAAUGGGCCUAUUGCCCGAUGCACGACUACAAACUGCUCCCGAUGCCUCUAUACAACCUACUACUUCAUGGUUGUCAAGCGACGUGGCAGUGCCUCGAAACAGUUGUUCACCUGUAACUUCUGCACACAGAACUGCGCACUCCAAUGGCUUUCAAGCAACUCAAAGAAAUAUUAUCAACUGAACUGGAAAGUUUCCGAUGACGAUGACGAACAUGAUGAUGAUGAUGAUAAUGAUUAG